GGGCGAGAAAGGCAGAGAAACCAGCGCUACGUCACUCGGUUCAGAUCACUCCUGUACGGACCACAAAGUUGUCCUGAUAUUAAGAGGGCACGCGAGAACGGUUAAGAGUUUCAGUUACUCCCGGGAAACCUCGCGCGAAUAUACCAAGCCGUGAUCGCAACCCAACUUCGAAAUUCAAGCACGUUCGCCGUCUGUCUCAAUCUUGCAAAGAUGUCAACGCUGCUCAACCCAAUCAAGCUGCUCGACAACAUCGAGCGACACUGGGACCCUCGCACCCGGCAUUAUGGCAUGGUGCUCAAUCCGUGGUUCGUGUUCCCGCUCAUCAUCUUCUAUGUGUACUUUGUUCGCUUCGCCGGUCCCCGAUGGAUGAAGAAGCGCGAUCCUUUUCCCAUCACCAACCUCGUCCGCGUCUACAACGUGGCCAUGGUGGUGAUGAACGCCACUUUCCUGUACCAAGUGCUGCGCAUCACGUACCUGCCCGGCGGAACGUACAGCCUAUGGUGCCAGGGCGUGACGGGGCGAGCGGAAGGCGCAUCGGCGGCAGUCUACCAGUCGGGCUGGUGGUACCUGCUGGUGCGCUACGCGGACUUCCUGGACACCGUGUUCUUCGUGCUCCGCAAGAAGUUCAACCAGGUCUCGCACCUGCACGUCAUCCACCACGUGCUGGUGGUGUUCAACGCCUGGUUCUGGGCCAUGUUCGCGCCCGAAGGCCAGCCCGCGCUGGGACUCUGCAUCAACACGUUCGUGCACGUUGUCAUGUACUCUUACUACUUCCUCUCCACGUUCGGACCCGAGGUGCGCAAGUACCUCUGGUGGAAGCGCUAUCUGACCCAGCUUCAGAUCAUCCAGUUCGUCGUCUUCAUCCUCCACAUGUCGAUCCCGCUCUUCGUUGAUUGCGGCUUCCCCAACGUGCUGGUGCCGUUCGCCAUCGCGCAGGCGGGCUUCGUGCUGGGCAUGUUCAUCAACUUCUACUACCAGACCUACAUCAAGCCUAGAAAAGUGUCGGCGGCCGCUUCCAACGGCAAGGAGGUCACCAAUGGAACGACGCAUGCGCUAAAGAAAGACUAAAGCGCUUACGUAGUGAUUCAAGAGACUGUGUGACGAAGUGCCAGGUUUCUCCUGCGAGCAGAUCGCGUCAAGUUGGGUUAUUUCAGUAUAUAUAGGUAAAUAUUUAAACUUGGGGCGAGAAGUGGGCUACCGUAUAUGCGAGCAAUAAAUAGGUCAGGGGACGCCAGAACCGGUGGAGUAAGAGCGAGGAAUAAGGAUGUCUUCAACGGCGCUUCCUACAACCGCAGCACAGCGGCGUAUGAAUCAUGUUAACCAUCAUCCCUUUUACUUGUGUGAAAGCCAUCAUAACGUGUCAAAGUAAACGUUCACAAAAAGAUACUAUAUUUAAAGCAGGCCGUUAUUUAUGUCAACCACUGCGAACUAUUGCUGCUGGAAAUGUUCAUAAUAAUGAGCCGUGAGGCAAGCUUAGAAUUCAUUUGUAUCUGUCACGUGCAUACGUCUAAUACAUGGCCCACCGUGCUUCUCUUUUCGACUCUGUACUAGUCAUAUCUGUUAAGAAACAGACGUGCCUGACGAAACUGUUUGUGUGAAUUAAGAGUAGAUGAAAUUGUUGAAAAAAAACUGACCUCUAUUGAGAUUGAACCAUUUUUCCCAUACCUACACUGCACUUCAAAAUAAUUGUCGGGUGUAAGUCCUGAAUUCGACAAACUUAAGUCAUCAGUACGCAUGAUUAGUUUGUUUCUAACUGUAUGAAAAUGUGUGUAUGCAUUUGUGUGCUAUGUACAGAAUAAAUCUCAUUUGUUAGUGUU